GUUCGUUUCCAGGAGCGAAUCACCAUCCUGCGAGGGAACCACGAGUCACGGCAGAUCACGCAGGUCUACGGCUUCUACGACGAGUGCCUGAGGAAGUACGGCAACGCCAACGUGUGGAAGUACUUCACAGACCUGUUCGACUACCUGCCUCUCACCGCACUGGUGGACGGACAGAUCUUCUGUCUCCACGGAGGUUUGUCUCCCUCUAUAGACACUCUGGAUCACAUACGAGCUCUGGACCGCCUGCAAGAAGUCCCACAUGAGGGUCCGAUGUGUGACCUGCUGUGGUCGGACCCCGAUGACCGCGGUGGGUGGGGCAUCUCUCCCCGAGGUGCUGGCUACACCUUCGGACAGGACAUCUCCGAAACCUUCAACCACGCCAACGGCCUCACUCUGGUGUCCCGCGCCCAUCAGCUGGUCAUGGAGGGCUACAACUGGGGCCAUGACAAGAACGUGGUGACCAUCUUUAGUGCUCCAAACUACUGCUACCGCUGUGGAAACCAGGCAGCCAUCAUGGAACUGGACGACACUCUGAAAUACUCUUUCCUUCAGUUUGACCCCGCCCCCCGCCGCGGCGAGCCCCACGUGACCAGACGCACUCCUGACUACUUCCUGUGAAUGUCCAAAGCCAUCCCUGUCAAUCAUCCACGAAGCUCCACCCCCCUCCUCCCCCACCCCCACCCCUUCAUUUUGGAUGGAAAGAAGAUAUUAAUAAUAAAGAUGAUGCUGUACCGGGAGAAUAGAAACAAACGAUUGGCUGACAAACCAAGAUUUAAACAAAAAGAGCGAAACGUAACGAGCGGCCCCCUCUACGGUCUUGUUUUCGAUAUGCUGUCAUUAACGCUGUGCUUCUGGGGAAAACCAACACGUACAACUAUGAUCUGUUUUCUUUCUUUUCUUUUUUUUUGUUUAUUACAUGUUUGAAAACGAGAUAAUAAAACUACCAACGUGGACCAAAUGUGCCAUAUUCUGAUCCUUUUACAACAUGUACAACGCGCAAUGUUUCUUUUUGUUUUUCUGUUUUUGUUUUGUUUUAGACCAGCACUAAAACCCGACCUACCUGACGACGUCACCACACCACACACCUUCAUGGCAUAUGUGCUUUUUUCUGUUGCAAGAAUAAUUUUAAAAAAGGAGAAAAAAAAGGAAAAAAAAGUUUGCUUCAAGUAGUACAGCUGUCAGUUUAGCUGUCCAGGCUGCAGCCGGUGGUCAUCUCAGCAAGUAUAUUACUGUAAUUUGAAUAAAGACAACAGACGUAUGAAAUAAAAAUGUCCUAUUGACAAACUAC